AUUUGACAUAAACUAUAUCGUGAAAAAGCGCAAGGAGCAAAUGAAACUGAAAGAUGAUUAUCAUAAAAAGCUGUUUGCAUUAUUAAAUGCGACUAAAAUUGGCGAAAAUUUGAGGUAUUUUUCAAAGCGACCCCACAUUGGAGGAACACCGCGUUCAAAGGAAUUAGCGGAUGACAUCGAAAGAAGAUGGAGGGAAUACGGCUUUGACAAAGUGGAACAACCAGAAUAUGAUAUUCUUUUACCUUACGUUCAACCAAACAUAUCAAAUUCCGUACAGAUUUUGAAUUCCACUCGGGAAGUGACUUUCGAGUUCUCUGGGGAAGAAAAGUCGCCAGAUCCGAGCGAAAACGACACUACGAUGUACCCAUCAUUUUUGGGUUACGCUAAGCAAGGUUCUGCCGAAGGAAAGCUCCUGUAUGUGAAUUAUGGAACAUCGGAAGAUUUUCAAGUAUUGAAAAAUAACUUGAGUAUCGCAAACUGCAGCGGCUACAUUGUCAUCAUGCGAUAUGGAAAGAUAUAUCGCAGUGAAAAGGUCAAAAACGCCGAAGAAUGUGGGGCUGUUGGUGCCAUUUUGUACAAUGACCCUGCUGAUUAUGCACCAAAAGGCCAGGAUAAGGUUUAUCCAAACUACAUUUGGCUCCCAAAGACAGGAGUCGAGGGCGGCAGCGUAUUUAUUCUUCCGGGAGAUCCGUUGACACCUGGAUUACCGUCUAUUAAAGGAGUAUUUAGAAUACCCGAAGAGAAGGCUGGACUGCCCAAGAUACCGGCCACACAGAUGCCAUACGUGGAUUCCGUUAGACUUUUGGAGAUCAUGAAAGGUGACGACGUUCCGAAAAGUUGGCAAGGUAUGUUAAAUAUCUCCUACAAACUCGGCAACGGCGGUCUAAUGAACAACAACACUGUCAAAAUUCAAGUAAAUGUGCCCAACAAACGUCAAAAUGUGUAUAACGUUAUCGGCACCAUAUACGGCAAAGAGGAGCCAGAUCGUUGGAUAUUGAUAGGGAAUCAUAGGGACGCGUGGGGAUUUGGUGCGGUGGAUGCCUCUAGUGGUACGUCAGCCAUGAUGGAAAUAUCACGUGGUCUAGGCGAGCUUUUAAAGCAAGGUUGGCGCCCAAGACGCACCAUCAAAUUCUGCAGCUGGGGAGCCCAUGAAGCAGGUUUUAUAGGAUCAACGGAAUGGGUGGAAGAAAAUGAACGAGCAUUGUCAACAAAAGCAAUAACCUACAUAAAUAUCGAUAUCGCAGUUAGUGGCAAUCUUACCUUGAAACUAAAAGGCUCCCCCCUGCUCAAGACCGCAAUUACUAAGAAUGUUAAGGAAGUUGACGACCCGCACGGGAGAAAGGUAUACGAUCAGAUGGUUAAAGUGAAUGGUCAAUUCACUUACGGAGACUUGGUUUAUGCUAAUUCAGAUUAUCUUACUUUUUAUCAAUUUUGCGGAGUGCCAUCCUUCGACAUGACCUACGCUGGUAAGGUAUUCUACCCCGUUUAUCACACAGUCUACGACACGUACAAGUGGCUCCAAGGUUUGAUCGAUCCCUACUUCAAAUUCCACCUAACCACGGCUAGAGUUGCCUCAAAGCUGUUGAUGUAUACGGCUGACAGUUUUGUAUUACCGCUCGAUGUCACAGAGUAUGGCAAAUCUCUUAACCGCUCACUGAAAACAUUGAGGAAAAAUCAUGGGAAAGAACUUGAAAAGAACGCCACCUUAGAUUACAUUGAGAAUGCAAUAAAAAGAUUCGAAGAAGAAGCGCAGAAAUUCCAAGCGGAAAAAGAGAAAGCAUUCGACGAAAAAGUUGACGUAAAACUACGAGAUCUCAAUGACCGUAUGGUCAACGUUGAAAAAUCCUUCAUCAGCGCUCCGGGCUUGCCAAAUCGACCAACCACAAGGCACAUUGUAUUCGCGCCAUCUGUCAAUAAACCCUAUGGUAGUUUUCCGGGAAUCUCUGAUCUGAUGUUUAAGCAGCAUAAAACUGAUCAGGAUUGGUUGGAUAUCAAGGAGCAGAUGUCUGUUGUAUUCAAAGCGAUUUCGAGUGCAACAGAUACACUGAAAAGCGAUGCAAUAUGAAAACCAGGAAUGACCACUAACGAUACUUUUUCUUCGUAAUGUUUAGAGUAUUCACGUUGUGGUAGAAAUCGUUGUUUAGGACAGCAGUUAGA